GGGAGCAGCACUAUAAACAGGCUUCCUUCCUUCUCCCGGCCUGGGCCCCAGCAGUUCAGGCCACGCGAGCCCAAGACCAGCAUGGCCUUCCGCCUGUGGCUGGUUGCCUCGGCCUUGGCUGUCCUCCUCGUUGUGGACAGGGAAGUGCCAGUGUCAGCAGAAAAGCUCGUUUUCUCAAGAGCGCCUAUCUGUGAGCACAUGGGGGAGUCUCCAGCUUGCUCCCAGUCAUACAGCCUGGUCUGCGGCACUGAUGGGGUCACAUACAACAGUGAAUGUCACCUCUGCUUGGCCCGGAUGAAAACCAAGAAGGACAUCGAGAUUGUGAAGGAUGGCAAAUGCUGACCCAGGAGCUCCUCAAGCCAUUUAGGCUGAAGAACAGUGGUGGGGUAGGGAAGAUAUGACAUGAAAUAAAAAAGCCAGCACAACCCA